CUGCUUCUCCUCCUUUGGUUCUGGUUCUGGUGAUGCAGAGCAGAACCAGAACCAGAAGACCUGUUACCUCUUACAAUUCACACUGUGUGGCUCAAAGUAGCAUUUCUUAAUUUAAAAGUGUAUUUUAUGUUAUUUUGAGUUCUUCAUGUUUUUCCACUGGAGGUCUUGGCCCCCAAAACACCGCCGCCAUCUUUAGCAUCAGCAGUAGCUGAUGCUAACUGCAACUAGCGCUUAGCUAGCUUACAGCUUACUGCUUACAGAUAUAUUAUAGUUGUAUCCAAAUUCAGGGUCUGCUAAUGUGUGUCAAGCUUCAGCAUAACCAAAAGUCUUUAUUAGCCAGCUCUGUCAUCACAAAAUUCAAAAAAGACUUCCCUUUUCACUUCAAAAUAAGAGCCUCCAACAUGGAUGCAACAUGGUGUUGAUGUCAUUUCUUAUCUGUCUCCUAAUGAUGGCUUCAUUAAUUCACCAUUUGUCAUGUGUUCAUAGUAUUUAGAGUUAGUAAAAAAAACUUGACUGGUGAUUUUUACUGUUGAGUUUUUGUCCAGAACUGGUCUGGCUCUAUACGUUUAUCAUUUCUACGCUUUUUGACAGGAUAAGAUUUACACUCAUUUUUCACACAAAAGGAUGAGGCUUUUACUUUUACAGCAUUUCUCAUAGCAAAGUGACUCCUUGGCAUUAGAAGCUGAAGGGGGGUUAGAGGAUUGGGGGGCUGUUUCCCCACUGGGAUUCAAACAGAGCUCUGUUCAUAGCCAAGACAGGACGAACAUACAUGGGCCGUCCUGCGUUUUGCAUUUCCUGCGCUGUGGUUGUGUGACUAGCGGAGCUGCAGUGUUUUCACACCAGACCAGGUGAAACCGGAAUGUUUCAAAUGGAAAAGUUCCAAAGCGGGAUCGAUCAGCGUCUUUAGCCCCGCUUUAGUUCUCUCCCUCUCUCUCUCUUAGAUGUUUUUUUUUUUAAACAUUUCCAUAAUUCCAUAUUGCAGUGAUUUGCUCUGGUAGAAUAAUUAGAUAGCUUAAUGUCCUGAUAUUUUCACCAGAGAGCCACUCAGAUUUCCCAUGAUGCUGCACUAGCAGGGACAUGAUGUCACACAAUGCAUGCUUUCAAUGUGUGCCAUCUCAGCUUGUUGCUGAGCUCGCUGUCUGCCAGGUGUUAGUCAUUUCCUAAACCCAAGCAGACAUUACCUUUGCUCACUGGCCUUUAAACGGACGAGGAGAAAAACGUUACUUUGGAUGUUUUCAUGCGUGAAAUGUGAUUCUGAGUCAGCAGAUAAAUCAAAGAGUUAAAGAAAAAUGUUGAGUUGGACCUUCUGUUGGCAGAAGGAUCAUCUGAUUUGUCUUUGUUGCUCUUCUCUGCUGAUGUGAAUCUUCUUGAGGAAAUACAAAAAAUCUAAAGCUUAGCUUGGUGGAAAAUAAGCGUUAUCCUUGUAUUUAAGUUAUAAGCCAAUGUUUCUGGGAGUGAUAUUGAGUCACUUUAUAGUAUUUCCACACUUCUUCCUCAGAAACUGCAGCUAUCUAGACUGGACGAUCUGUUCCAGAAGCACAAUCGGUACAUCAGCUAAUUUAUGCUAGUGCUAACAGAAAUGCUUCCAGGAAGGAUAUCUUUAUUUCUUUUUUUUCUUUUUCUAUGUCAUUGUAUGGUAAAAAUAGUGUAUGAUUUAAAAAGAAUAACAAGAAAUAAAAACAGAAACAGUUUAACAGCAAGUAAAUAUAUAAGUAUAUAAGUAAGUGUAUAUAUAGUAGCUGGUGUAGAAUAAUCAAAUAUGAGGAAAGAUUCUUUGUAAAAACAUCAACUCCUUCAGCCUCACUGCACAGAGUAAAAGCUCCAUUGAUUUUUAACACAUGAUUACACUUUACUAAAUGUUGUGACUUUUCUGAGAAUGGGCUUUAAGAAAAUGUAAAGUUUAAACACUGAAUGUUUUGUUGUUGUUGCGUCCAGAUGUGGGUCAGUGUAGGAUCCUCUCAAUAUUCUAAUCUAGAAUGUUUUCAUUAGCUUUUAUGAUCAGCAUUACAGAAAUAAAGACUUGAUAUGAUGUGAGUUUCAUUUAGUGAACUGAGUUACUGAGAUACAUCAACUUUACAUCAAAAUUCUGACUUAUUGAGUAGGACUGCAUGUAGAUCACGUAAGAGACAGACAUAUAUACAUGUGGACUACAUCAUUUUUUGUCUUUUAGAUUUUUAUUUUAAAAUUUAAAAUGCCAUGUCUGCCCUUCAUACUCUGUCAUUCCCUGUACAUUACAUUUUUACAGUGUUCUCCAGUGUGUGUGCCGUGUGUGUGGCACCCUUGGCUCUCCAGAUCACAUCCAUAUGUGAAACGGCUGCAGCUACUCCAUGAACUACCAGCUCUGCUGCUCCAGCUUUUUCUAAAACGAUAUUAAUUUAUAAUAAUCCACUCACAGUGGAGCAGUCUCAGGUCUGUUUCCAGAUGUUAAUAUAACAUGUAGAGAAAAAUAGUUUAAUGCUGUUGUUUAUGGACUACAUGUGUUUAUAUCUCCUAUUACUGAAUAGAUAUUAAUGAGAAACAAAAUAUUGAAUAUUAGGUCGGUGUUAAGGAGCCACAUUAUAAAUGAACUCAGUUGCAGUUAGAUAAAACAAAGCUUCAAUAAAGGUUCAUUUUUAUUCAAGUAAGUGGAUACAUUUAUAAUAUUUAGUAUAAUAUGUUUAAGGGUUGAUUCAAGUAAAAUGGAUCAUUGAAAUAAUAAUAAUAAAAAACUUUUAAAAAGUGAAUGUCUGUUUGGUUGUUUUUGAUCCAAAAUAGAGAAGUCCUUUAAACUUUCUGGCUUCUUACAUUGUUAGCAUGUUAGCUGUAGCUUACAGUUCUGGUAAAAAUAGAAUAACACAACAGCAAAUGAUAGACCCAAGGCCCAUACCAUCAAUCUAUGCUUCAUAUUUCCCUUUUAAUUCAUCAAUCAUAUUUCUGAAAUGUAAUGUGAAACGUGGUUAGCCACCAACACAGUACAGUGUGACAGUAUUUUUGGAAGAUGGGAAUGAUUAAAAAAAGGAUCUUAAAGUUAAGGUCUGACCCGCUGAUUCGGAAUUUAUUUAUUUUUGUCUGAAAAGUCAUUAAAUAUGGCAACAAAGUCACUAAGUUGGCAACUCUGGGCUGACUGUCAUUAACUACACACUAAGAUGUGACCUAAGAUGGGCUUUACAAUGAAGGAUCUGUCAACUGCAGCUCACCCAAAAUGAAUUAACUCUUGGCUGAUUUGUUUGUGUCUGUUGCUGAAAAUGAGAGGAUUUUGUCGAACAGAUUUCUCUCGUUGCCCUUCAUAAGUUUUGCCGUUAUUCUCUGGACCUCUUGGCUUUGAAAGUCUUACAAACUCAUUCUUAAUGCAGGUCUUUUUAAGUUUUCAGGGAUGUUCUGUGGUCACUGCUGUUUGAUGGUACAGAUUGUUGCACUAAUCCAACAAAGCACAUAAAUGUUUCACAAAGUGUGAAGUGACUGUUCAUCAGUGUAACGUCUGUCUUCUGAUACCACAGAUUCACCACAUUUGCUUCAAGUGUGGUUGUGUGAAAUGGUGUGUGUGUGUGUGUGUGUGUGUGUGUGUGUGUGUCUGAGCCCGUGAGGUAAAACGAUGCCGACCUGAAGGCUCAGACUGAUCCUCAUCGCCCUCAGCCUCCAUGUUAGAACAUUUGUCGGAGCGGAGCAGUGGGCAGAAAACCCGGAGGAGCCCCCUGCAGAGCCUGUAUGAGGGGGAACAGGUGGAGUCUGCUGUGGCGGCCGUCCAUCAGGGUCGCCGGGAGCUGCUGGAGGAGGCCUGCCGCUCCUACACCCGCAAACGCAGAGUCCUCGUCCCCGAAGACCUGAAGCACAUUAUUGUGGACGACCAGCACGGCCUGCUGUACUGCUAUGUGCCCAAAGUAGCCUGUACCAACUGGAAGAGGGUGCUCAUGGUUCUGACAGGAGUCUCAGGUGACCACAAAGACCCGCUAGCCAUCCCCGCCAACGAGGCCCACGUCCCGGGAAACCUCCGGACCCUGUCCGAGUACUCCACCCCCCAGAUCAACCAGCGCCUGCGCUCCUACCUGAAGUUCCUUUUUGUGCGUGAGCCAUUCGAGCGGCUGGUCUCUGCGUACCGCAACAAAUUCACACGGAGCUACAAUACAGCUUUCCACAAACGAUACGGCACAAAGAUCGUCCGCCGGCACAGGCCAGACCCUCGGCCGGAAGCCCUGGAGAAAGGGGACGACGUCUCCUUUGAGGAGUUUGUGUAUUACCUCGUGGACCCCGCAACCCAGCGGGAAGAGCCCUUCAACGAACACUGGGAGCGGGUGCACUCGCUGUGCCACCCCUGCCUCAUCCACUACGACGUGGUGGGGAAGUACGAGACGCUGGAGCAGGACUCCCGCUACGUGCUGCAGCUGGCUGGGGCGGACCAGCAGGUCCGCUUCCCCGCCUCGUCCAAAAGCACCAGGACUACCGGAGAUAUGGCGGCCGACUUCUUCCAGAACAUCAGCCCCUUCUACCAGAAAAAGCUCUACAAUCUGUAUCGCAUGGACUUCCUGCUCUUCAACUACUCGGCUCCAGCCUAUCUCAAGUUCAGAUGAGGCCGGGACGUCUUUCAGACACAAACUUAUGGACCUGCUUCUCUUUCUGCUUUUAAUGGAAAAAUCAUGAAGUUUUCAUAUCUGAGCAGGUGAGAAAAACAAAAGCUGGUGAGGACAUUCCAUGAGGAGAUGGGAGUUUCUGCCUCACGAGGCAAAUGAGUUUUUAUGGAAGACGUGGAGUUAACUGUUAGUCACUGGCUCUGAAUGUGUGAAAUGCUGUUCAAGUUUUGGUUUUCUGCUGUUUCAAAGGUGAAUUUGCACAACAGGUGAUCUCUCUAGAGCAGUGGUGUCCACUUUUUGCCAUGUGGGCCAAAAUUGUAAAGCGGAAAGUAUCCAUUUGCCACACAGACUAAAUUUUUUAAAUAAAAUGCUAAAUGGAAUGUGUCCAUGAUAGAAACAAACUGGUCUGAAAAUGGAUCUCUAAUUCAUGCAAGACUGGAAUUAUACUCACUUUUGCCACCCAUUUGUUUGUAAAAGUUUGCAGUGUUUGGACAGCGCUGCUCUAGGAGGAGAAUGAAUCGUAUCCAGAUCGUGUGUGGACAGCGAAUGUCUCCAGACAUGUGCCUUGGAUCGUGGGCCUUCAUUUUGUCCCUUGGCAACAAAGAGCUUUUCUAACUGUGACUAUUCUGUUUUUUUUACUGUAGGAAA